AUGAACAAUUUUCUUAAUCAAUUUAAAGGAAAAGAAUUAAUUGAAGCUUAUAUACCAGAAUAUUUACAUACAGAAAAAUUAAAUCAAUUAAAAACCAGUGAACAAGCUGAUAAAUCUGUUGAUGAAAUAGUUUUUCUUGAAAAUAUUGGUAAAAUUAUUCGUGAAAUUCUCUUAUCAUUUGACAUUAAUUAUCAUUAUUCUGUUAACAAACAAACCGAAGAAUCAAGAACAACAUAA